GUUCUAUCAAGAUGUUACUGAUCUGCGUGUUCAUAAUAAUGUUACUAUUCUCAAUAAUAAUAAUUGGUACUGUUUUUUGCUGCAUAUACAAGAGGGAAAUGGAAAAAAGAAAAGGAGAAAUUGCAAACAUGACACGACUGGUAAAAAAGAUCGUUGUUCAAAAACAAAUUGACUCCAAUGGUGAUUUUCAGGAUAUCAUGAGCAUGCCUGUUGUUUCGAUUCAACAUUUAAUAAGUGGAAAAGAUAGAAGUGGAAUGGUAUCGGAUGGAGAAUAUGAAAUGUCAUUAGAUGAACGUUGGGAAUUUCCUCGAAAGAACUUGCGCACAAUAAAACCUUUGGGAGGAGGCGAAUUUGGACAGGUUGUCCAAGCUGAAGCGAGCAAUAUUUUAGGACAGGAAAACGGAACUACAAUUGUAGCAGUGAAAAUGCUCAAAGACAAUCAUACUGACUCAGACAUGAUAGAUUUGGUAUCUGAAAUGGAGGUACUAAAAGUUCUAGGAAACCACCCAAACAUCCUACGGCUGCUUGGCUGCUGCAGCCAAGGGGGACCCUUGCUUUUAAUUACAGAGUAUGCUGAUAACGGAAACUUGAAACAUUUUCUUGAAAGACACCACCAUCAACCUACCGAACAGACAGAAAUUACUCUUUUGACUUAUGCUCAUCAAAUUGCAAAUGGGAUGACUUACCUAGCUUCUAUGAAGUGCAUUCACAGAGAUUUGGCUGCUCGAAACAUUCUUGUAACAGCGGACUACACGAUGAAAAUAGCGGAUUUUGGCCUAACUAGAAAUGUAACAGAUUCGGAGUACUACAGGAAAACAACAGAAGGUAGACUUCCUAUAAAAUGGAUGGCACCUGAAACUUUAUUUGACAACAAAUACUCCAUAAAAUCUGACGUGUGGUCGUAUGGUGUACUAUUAUGGGAAAUUAUGACUCAUGGUGACAAUCCGUACCCUUCUGUUAAAACCCUCGCUGGAAUGCUUCGCGUUUUGAACGAGAAUCGUCGCCUGGAAAAGCCCCCAAACGCGUCAACAGAUGUGUACAAUUUAAUGCUGGAUUGUUGGAAAUAUGAACCUGGCCAACGUCCAAAUUUCUCAAAUAUUGUUGAACGACUAACUGAAUUAUCAACAAAUGCUGAGAUGGUCAACGAAUCGUCUGAUGAAUCUGAUUUAAAAAGCAUAAUUUCUACAACAACCCCCACUGAAUUGGACGAAUUGAUUACAAAGUGCUCGUAUGAUGAGAAAGAUUAAGUAUUUGCAAGUUGAACAGUAAAUAUUAAGUUAAUGUUAGAAUAAUUAAUUAGAUGAAAUGCUAGGUUUUAAGAUAUAGGUAUUAAAAUUAGACAUUCGAUCAUUCUUUAAUUAUUUUUCGUUUCAAUUAAUGUUGCAUUGGAAAUAGAAGGGUUUUAAUGUUGUGGGAAGGAAGACUCUCCAAGAAUUAUAAUGUACUUAAUAAUAAUCCAGAUAGGAUAGUUUAUUUUAAAAAAUUAUGAAUCACAUCUCUCAUGUGUUUAAGAAAUCUUCCAAGAAAUCCGUAGCAUGAAAAUUCAGCCUUCCACUGACUAAUGCUGGUAUUUAGAAGUAGAUCUUAACAUACCUAACAUGUUCCUAUGAACUUUCUUACUAAUUUUGGAAAAGGCAUUUUUUUUGUUUUGUAGUGGAUCGCGAAAUAAUUUGGAGGCUGGAAGUCGCUCUGAAAGAACAUUAGUCCCAGCGACAUAUCUAUCCCCGAAUGGAAGAUGUGAUCCUCGAGUAUUUUUCUAGCUCAUUUUCAUCUUCUAUGAGUAUCUACCUACCCAUUAUACACAAGUAGCCCAACUAUCUAGGUCACAGAAAAGGGGUGUCUGGGGUUUCCAAAAUGACAAAAUUCAAUUUUUAUAAUAAUGUAGUGACAGAUUAUGCAACCUACAUCAUAAAAUUUACCUAGUGAAAAAAUAAGUAUAAGUAUGUCAUAAUGACAAAGUCUACCUCAAUUUUCACUAAAAUAUUCUCUUGUAUGUUAUUAUACAUAAGAACUCAUAUAUCCUCUUAUACAUAUGUUAUUGAUAUAAUUAUCCUGUUAUAUGUUAUUGAUAUAUCCUCUUAUAUGUUAUUUUACAUAAGAUGUUGUUAUUAUA